CAUCCUCUGUGACAUCAACGCCCGUCUGUGCUCUAAUCUCAUGGGUUUUAGCUAGCCUGUGCUCUCUCCGGGCCUCUUAGAGGUUGCCAGGGUGAUGGGCGGCAGAGGCAUCUGCUAAGUGGCUGGAGUGAGAGAGUCACAAUGACUGAGCUGUAUGCCUGCAAGACCUCCUGCUGCAUACAAACACACACGGGUGGCUAAGCUGAACAGGGUUGAGCUGGUUUCAGGAAGGCAGUGAUAGGGUGUGUGUUGACACACUAUUGCUGGUCGCUGACAAAAAUGGCUUCAUUAGACUUUGUGCUGGGUGAGCAGUAUUACAGGGAUGCUAUGGAGCAGUGUCACAACUAUAAUGCCCGUUUGUGCGCAGAGAGGAGCGUGAGGAUGCCCUUCCUUGACUCUCAGACAGGUGUCGCCCAGAGCAACUGCUACUUCUGGAUGGAGAAACGGCACAGAGGACCAGGUGUUGCCCCAGGUCAGUUGUACACAUAUCCAGCACGACGCUGGAGAAAGAAGCGGAGACCUAACCCCCCAGAGGACCCUUGUCUAGUCUUCUCUUCUCUAAAGCCCGAACUGGAUCUGGGGCUUAAGAAGGAGGUUUUCUCCAGUGAUGGCAGCAGCUUAGAGGCUCUUCUGAAGGGAGAGCCACUAGAAAAAAGAUCUGGAUUGGAGCUCCGCACAGGGGAGGAGGAACCCAGCUCUACAGAGUACUCUACCGGGGGACUAAACCCCAGCAGCAGGAUCCGUAAAAGAAUUUUGGAGCCAGAUGAUUUUCUAGAUGAUCUGGACGAUGAAGAUUAUGAAGAAGAGACUCCAAAGAGACGGGGAAAAGGCAAGGGAAAGGGUCGUGGUGUCAGCAGUGCUAGGAAGAAGUUGGAAGCUGCAGCUGCUUUGGAGGAUCAGGACAGACCGUACGCCUGUGACAACACUUUCAAACAAAAGCAUAUUUCAAAAUCUUCCGAAAGAGUCUGUGGGAAGCGCUAUAAGAACAGGCCUGGUCUCAGUUAUCAUUACGCCCACUCUCACUUGGCUGAGGAGGAGGGGGAGGAGAAAGAUGAGAUGGAAAUGCGCGAACCAACUCCACCCCGACAAGACGAACCGAAGACUCCUAAGAAGGGCCCAGAUGGUUUGGCUCUGCCAAACAACUACUGUGAUUUUUGUUUGGGAGAUUCUAACCUGAACCAGAAAACCGGCCAAUCAGAAGAGCUUGUGUCCUGUUCAGACUGUGGCCGUUCUGGUCACCCCUCGUGUCUGCAGUUCACUCCAGUGAUGAUGGCUGCUGUGAAAACCUAUCGCUGGCAGUGCAUUGAAUGCAAGUGCUGCAACAUAUGUGGAACCUCAGAAAAUGAUGAGCAGCUGUUGUUCUGUGAUGACUGUGACCGAGGUUACCACAUGUACUGCCUCUCGCCCCCCAUGUCUGAACCUCCUGAAGGAAGUUGGAGUUGUCAUCUGUGUUUGGCCCUCCUGAAGGAGAAGGCAUCCAUAUACCAAAAUCAGAAUGCACCGCCAUCAUGAAGGCCUUUUUGAAAAGACAAACCCUCUUUCUCAUAGUUCCCUCCAAGAUGUGUUUGUUCAAUUUAAGCAAACAAAUCGGUUCAAAGAGAAGCAGUAGAGGAACAGAAAAGGGAUGACCACCUUGCCCAGGCCCGCAGACACAAAUGAAGGGAGAGAAAGAGAGCGGGAUUAAGGAUAUAGUGUGCCCUCCUCCUCUUAAUUCUUUCACAUCUCAGCAGGUUUGAGCUCAGUAUGACUGUUACACAGUUCCGAGUUUCAAACUAUCCCUGCUCUUUGUUUUCAACUAUUAGCCCCCACAACUAACACAGUUCUUCCAUACCAAAUGUCAAAGCCAGUCAGAAACACUCUUGACCCUUACAGCAGUACAGACCUGGAGGACGUCACUAUGAGAAAAUGAUGACUCUGUUUUUGAGUUCCUGCUCGUAUAAGACAUGUUAUUUCCACCCGUUUCGGCAGACACUGUUUAACAGAAAACAAAUAAUAAACCACGGCUUGUAUCAGCCAAAACUAAUAUAGCAUACUCCGCCAUAUCCAAAAUACUCUGUACUGACAAUAUUCUUAUCAUGGAGAGAAAUAGUUGAGACCAAUCAGCAUGCCAAUGCUUGUUCAUAAUAAGCGAAAUAGAAAAGAAACGAUAAUGUGUUUUUGUAUAUUUAUAUAUUUGUAUAGCAUAUAAAGGUGUGUUGUAUUUAAGAUCUUAAACAAUAGAAAUGGCUCAUUCUUAUGAUGGGA